UUUAAGCACAAACAGAAAUUUUUAUGGUUCAGUUCCCAUAAAAGCUUCAAACUUUGUGAUCUCUUUCUCAUUUCGACACACCCCAUUUUCUUAAUUUUCCUUCUCCACUUUGCAAAUUUGCAGAGAAGAUCCAUUCAUUCAAUCACACACACACACUUUUUGCUUCAUCCAUGUCUUCUGACAUAAGUUAAAAUGAUUCUGAACCAGACUUCAGCAAAUUAAGGUAGUAGAAGCCAUUCAAAGUUCCCAAUGGAGAAUCGCAAUGUUCAAAUGGCGAUACCAAUAGUAGUAGUUGAUGCUGCUGCUUUGAGUGCCAGUGUUUGUUCUGGAAGUUCCUGAAACCAAAGUUUGAAUCUUUUUGAAAUUGGGUAACUGGACAUUGGAAGCUUGGAGUGUGUUGAGUUUGAGAAUAAUGGGGAUAGAUCGGUUUUUGCUAUUAGCAACGGUUGGACCGCCAUUAAAACGGCGUGCUGGGUUAAGGAGGAAACAAGCUGGAAGAGGGUCUUAUAGGGGAAGCUAGUGUGCAAAGAGAGGGUUGCUUGUGUUUCUUUUUGUGUGUUUUCCUCUUUGGUGGGUAAAAUUUUGAGGGUGUUUGUUCAAUUUUUGUUGUUGUUUUUGGAGGAGGGGUUAAGAAGAACCCUUUUCUCUUCAAAGGGUGCAUAGAAAAAGUUUUGCUUUUUUGAGGAGGAGAAGAAGAUGGGUAGUACCAACAACUUGCACCAAUUAUUGAGAAUAUUGUGUUUGAAUACUGAUUGGAAUUCCGCAAUCUUUUGGAAGCUCCAACAUCGUGCUAGGAUGAUGUUGACAUGGGAGGAUGCUUACUAUGACAAUCCUAUUGGUAACGACUCCUCUGAAAACUUGCGCUGCCAGAAGACCUUGGAACAGAUUGGCAGUGCGAAGUUUUCCCAUGACCCUCUUGGAUUGGCCAUUGCAAAGAUGUCAUGUCAUGUAUAUUCAUUAGGGGAAGGUAUUGUUGGACAAGUAGCUGUUACUGGAAAGUAUCGGUGGAUCCGUGCAGAUAAUCUAGUUGCUGACUCUAGCAUAGCUUUCGAGUUUGCUGGUGCAUGGCAAUCUCUGUUUUCUGCUGGAAUUAGGACCAUUGUCGUUGUAGCAGUAAUCCCACUUGGAGUUGUUCAGCUUGGCUCUUUAAAUAAGGUUACUGAAGAUAUGGCAGUUGUAACUAAUAUCAGAAAUCUCUUUUUGUCUACUCAAGAUUACACGUUAGACUAUACACCGAGUCAAAUACAAAGCAGCCCCAAAAGCUCUCCAUCUCCGGUGGAUGCAUGUACAAAAGCUUUGUCUUCGAAACUUAUGCCUGCGUACUUACUUGAUACUGAGAACACCAUGAAGAGUGAAACACCAUAUAUGUUAAUGCCGUUUCAAUGUUCCAGGAAGAACGAUUCACCUCAAGAUAUUUAUCAGAAAAUGUCUGUUGAUGUUGCCAAGCACGAGGGAUCUGAAAUUGGCAAGGACAGAAGUUCCAUUUUGCUUCAGUCAAUAUCAAAUAUGAUGAAUCCGGAGUGUCAAAAAUUCGUGGAAAUGGAACCUGUAAAUGAGAGGAAGUGCGAAGGAAUGAAUAUAAGUGUGGAAUCAGAAAGAAAAGUCUCAUCAUUUCCACACAAUAUGGUUAUGGAUAAUACAAGCUUCAAUGAUUUGAUGCAUCCUUUGGAAAAAAUCGGAGCUGAUUCUGCAUACCCUUCAGACUUUCUUGAUGCAGUUGUUUAUGCAAGUGACAAGUUACAUUGUGUAGAUAUCAACCAAAAUGGGGUGUCAAAUGUGCCGAGGUAUUCAGAUGCAAACUCUCAAAACAAUAUAGAGAAGUCAAAGUUUAAGAGUGAGCCUUGUUAUAAUGAUGCCGCACACUCGUUGAAGUUUCCUGUCGGCUGUGAACUACAUGAAGCCCUUGGGCCUGGUUUUCUAAAAGGAAGUAACUAUUUUGAUUCAGCAGCUCAGGUUAAACAAGAUGAUAGGAAUGUUGAGGUGCUAGACGAGAUUAGCAGUAGCCAGUUGACUUCGCAAUCCCAUCCAGAGCAUCUUCUGGAAGCAAUGGUAGCAAACUUAUGCAGGAAUAGUAAUGAUAUUAACGGCGAGGUAUCAUUUUCUACUUCAAUGCCAUCCGCAAUGGCCUCAGGACGAAAUACUGAAACUUCUAUUCACUCUAUGCACACUAUUAACUCAGAAGGCUAUUCGAUAGAUCAGUCGCCUCUUGUCAAAGAGGAGAAACAGCGCAGCUUGAGUUCCUCGGCAAUAUGUGGCAUGAUGUCCCCAAAAGGAUUUUCUUCUCCAUGUCCAAGUUCAUGUAGUGAGCAAUUUGAGAGGUCUUCCGAACCAGCUAAGAACAGCAAGAAAAGGGCUAGGCCUGGGGAAAGUUGUAGGCCAAGGCCAAGGGACAGACAGUUGAUCCAGGAUCGCAUUAAGGAGUUGAGAGAAUUGGUGCCGAACGGAGCUAAGUGCAGUAUCGAUUCACUACUUGAGUGCACGAUAAAGCACAUGCUUUUCCUCCAGAGCGUAACUAAGCAUGCUGACAAGCUAAAUAAAGUUGAGGAUGCAUCAAAGACAAAGCGGCAUCACAUGGAAACGGAUAGUCUCGGCACCUCUAGUUAUCAACAGGGUUCAAGUUGGGCAAUGGAGGUAGGAGGCCAUCUGAAAGUUCGGUCGAUAUUGGUCGAGAAUCUGAAUAAGAAUGGGCAGAUGCUGGUUGAGAUGUUGUGUGAAGAGUGCAGCCAUUUUCUUGAGAUAGCAGAAGCCAUAAGAAGCUUGGGCCUGACAAUUUUGAAGGGUGCAACCGAAGCUCGCGGUGAGAAGACGUGUCUAUGUUUCGUGGUUGAGCAGGGUCAAAACAACAGAAAUUUACACAGAUUGGAUAUCUUGUGGCCACUUGUUCAGAUACUGCAAUCAAAGAGCACAAUACAUUCACAAUAAUUGCUUGAUUCUCAGAUACUUCUAAAGCUUCUUCAUUGGUUGUUGCAACACACAGAAAGAUCUUUUAAUUUUUGAUAAAAGUCCAAAGCAAAGAAAAUCUUGGGGGAAAAGAAAGAUUUGAGGUGCUCAAGGAAAGAAAAAGUUCCCUUGCUUUUGUUGUAACCUUCAUCAUAUAAAUAGGCUUUAUUUAUAGUGUGUCAAGGCUCUAUUUGUUGUGUUCUUUUUUUUUUUUUUUUCUCUCUUUUUCUUUGUAUUUGUUUUUUGGUUGGUUUUUUGUUUUUGGCAAUUUAGAUAACAGUAAUGCUUUGAACACAUUGUGUUGCUACAUCUCAUAUUCCUUUGUAUAAUAUAUU